ACAAUCAUGCAGGAGGGAAAACACACAUAAACACUGUUCACUGGUUUAUUGAUAGUGGCUACGCGCGUAUACUAGUAGUUUGGAAAGUUUAACACAGGCGAACGUUUCUUACGAUGUCCGAGUCGAUGGCAGAACGAGAGUCACUACGGUUUGUGCCGUUCAACAGCACAUUGGACGCCGGAUUUUGGCACAAAUUGACUGAAAAUAAACUCAAUGUUUACAAACUGGACGAAAAACCUCGACAGAUAUUCGCGUUUUAUUAUAAUGGCGAUGCUGUGGGACUGCCAUGUAGACUAAGUCUUGAAUUCACUGCCUUCAACGAAAUCCCUAGUAUUCCUCACAAUUGCUUUCUGAGUCACGGUGUGCUGCAUAAUUUUAAUACGAUAGAUUCUUUUAAAACAUGUGAUAAAAAAACUGUCUUGGACAAGGCUGCUAGUGAGUUGUGGAGUGACAUCAUUGAAGGUAGAGCAAUAAAUCAACCAUCACUGCUGUCUAGAUUUGUCCUUCUUACUUUCGCUUACUGGUUUGCAUUCCCAGCUUUGCUUUCACCAAACAAUGUUGUACAAACGCAGCCGUCACAAACCAUAGACAAGUGUUUCAACCCACAGCAGAUCACGAAUUUACAGAGUGCAUACGAUGAGUUUGUCAGGACAUCCCAGCAUGCAAGCUGUUUUUUUAUUCAAAUUGAUGGAGAUGUUGUCAAGCUUUCAAACUUGGCAAACUUCCAAGAUAUCUGCAAAGAGAAAAAGAUCAUGGUUGGGUUUUGUGAUCCAAGUACUGUGGAGGGUUAUCCUGGGUGGCCGCUUAGGAAUCUACUCACACUUAUUGCUUAUCACUGGGCUGACAAAGUGGAUGACGUUCAAGUUCUUUGUUAUAGAGACAGAGUAAGAGACGGAAAGAGGGAAGUCGCUCACAGUAUAAUGUUAUAUCUACAUAUUCCAUCCCUAUCACACAUCACAGAGAGGCCAAAUUGUGUAGGUUGGGAGAAGAACCAACGACAGAAACUUGGACCACGAAAGGUGAAUUUAAGUUCCAGUAUGGAUCCUACAAGAUUGGCGGAAUCCUCCGUUGAUUUGAAUUUAAAAUUGAUGAGAUGGAGGUUACUGCCCUCGCUAGAUUUAGAUCACAUUGCUCAAACCAAGUGUUUACUGCUUGGUGCCGGAACACUCGGAUGUAAUGUGGCUCGCUGUCUUCUGGGAUGGGGUAUCAGGACCAUCACGUUUGUGGACAAUUCUAGGAUAUCCUACUCCAACCCAGUCAGACAAACAUUAUAUGAAUUUGAAGACUGUCUGGAGGGAGGCAAGUCAAAGGCUGUAACAGCAGCUGCCAAAUUAAAAAAAAUUUUCCCUGGUGUGAAUUCCACUGGUCAUGAGUUUUCUAUACCCAUGCCAGGUCAUCCAGCCAGUACAACAGAUUGCAUUAUUGAACAAACCAAGAAAGAUGUAAAGCAAUUAGAGUCACUAAUUGAGGAGCAUGAUGUAGUAUUUCUCUUAAUGGACACCAGAGAAAGUCGAUGGUUACCAACAUUGAUUGCAGCCAGUAAAAGAAAGAUUGUAAUCAAUGCCGCAUUGGGUUUUGAUACCUUUAUGGUUGUAAGACAUGGUUUAAGACUACCUACAGAGGGCGCCCUACCAUCUUUACCAGAUACCACAGCCUGCAGUUCACACAAGCGAGAUAUACAUGGUAGUGAGCUGGGAUGCUAUUUCUGUAAUGAUGUGGUUGCCCCUGGUGAUUCUACAAGGGACCGAACAUUAGAUCAGCAGUGUACUGUGACAAGACCAGGUAUAUCAAUGAUGACAAGUGCACUAGCAGUAGAAUUACUAAUAUCAUUGCUGCAACAUCCUGAUNGGGGUUACGCCGCCGCAGAUACCAGCGCAAAAGAUGACCACUUGAGUUCUGAUUUUGUCUCAUCGUUAGGACUAGUACCACACCAGAUUCGUGGUUUCUUGUCUCGAUUCAGCCAUGUCUUGCCCGCUAGUCUACGAUUUACUAAAUGCACAGCCUGCUCCGACAUUGUUGUGGAACAUUAUGAAAAAGAAGGUUUUGAUUUCCUUCAGAAUGCUUUUAAUAAUCCCACAUAUUUGGAAGACUUGACAGGAUUGACUGAACUUCAUAAAGAAACUCAAAAUGCAGAGAUUUGGGAUUUCAGUGAUGAUGAGAGUGUACAUUCCAUGUCGUGAGGACACACAACACAGUCACAAGACCGAAUGGUGCAAGCUAGAUGUUGAGUGUUGGUGUAUGUCAUCAGCAGAUCCGAAUUUUGUACCAGGUUGCCAUGAAAAAAAAAAACAUAAACCGCUUUUCAAUUAUGUUAAAUUUAACUGAAACAGCUUGUGUAUAAAACAUGCAACUCAACAAAACAGCAGGGCAUAGUUUUGAGUCGGUAAAUCCUGAAAGUUUUGUAGGACAUGUGUUAUUGACAUAAAUGUCCUUGAAAACUUGAAUAUUUCUCACAGCAAAUAUUUAACAGAUUUGAAGUCAUAAUAAUACUAAUGGUGGUGGUUAUAAGGCUUGUAUUUUAUCUCCCUGGGGUUGUCUUGUAAUGUACCACAGAUCCUUAUAUUCACUGCAUGACUGACAUGCCAUAUCAUGUAUAUACAUGUCUGAUGUAGACGCAAUAGUUAAGACUCUCCGGAAGCCCAGCCGACUUGAAAACACAUAAAUAAUAUUUUAUUCUAAAUAGAUAAAUUCAGUAUGUAGAUCUAAAUUCUAUAGUCAAUUAUUCAACAUUCCAGGUUCAACAGGGUAAUACUUUAUUUUAGCUCGAAUUAGUUUUUGCUGAAAAUGAGUUUGAACUGUUUUGUACAACAUUGGCGUUGAAUGUAAAACAUAGGAAAAGGUAUUUUAUUUACACCGAUUCACCCCUUCAGCUAAAAUAAAUUCGAAGUGAAAAUAAA